CGUCUAAAAAGAAAGUAAAGUCCGGGAGGGGGAAAACAAGCGGUGGAAGCGGUCAGAAGUGCGAACUGAAUUUGUGAAUUAUCGGAGUUUUCGGACCGUACAACGAGAUCAAGAUAAAAGCUUCCCAGCUCCUUUAACCGCGAGCAGGACUGCUGGAGAGAGAGAGAGUGAACGAACGAACGAACGAACGAGAGCAGCAAAGUUCACAACAGUCGGACGGAUUUACUGGAACGGUUACGUUUCAAACGUGGUUUAUUAUAAUUCAUUACAGUGAUCCAAAAUCCUGUAUUCGCAGUUCGGAAACUUUAUAUCAAAUCCGCGAAGAAGCGAGAGCCUCAAACUUUUUAAAGAGUGCGGUUUUCCCUGAGGAAAAGUUUUUUUUAAAGCGCCGAUGAUCCCAGAUUUUCUUUCAGCGCGCUCGUAUGGAGUUAAUGGACAUGAUCUACCAUGUUUUUACUUUUCAUAAUAAUGAAUCACUUUGGAUCGAACCAUUAUAAGAACUUUUGAAACACUAUUGCCGAUUAAACUCCUCAAACUACAUUUGAUCCAGUGGAUCUCUCUUGCCAAAACAAAGCGCCUGUCUAUCUCCCAUCCAGACCCACUUUUCAACCUUUUAAGGACAACUGCAUUUAGUUUUGGCUUCUGGACAAGUUUCUUCUAUUGCCUCGUCGUGAUUCACCUUUGAUUUAACGUUACUUACGUGGUGCAGCAGGGGAGAUAAAAUUUUACUGGGGACCUUUUUCAAGUCCAGGACUGAUGCAUUGCCCAAAAACAACGCAGUAUAAUGUGAUAUUACCGUUGGGUAAACAAACAACUUAAUGAAGGCGAAUUACUCGAACUCUGAGAAACUCAAUAAGCCCGAGCUGUCCGUUUGUGGAUGAGAGAGAGAUCAGUGGUUAAGCGCUGAGACAACUGGAUACAAAAUGGCGGCGUGGCUGGGACAGAUGGGAUCACUUUCAUAUCAUGUGUUUUAUUGGCUUUUGACACUGGAACUGCUAAUCAAUUAUGGCGCACCGUGUCCUCAAAACUGUACGUGUACGCUUGAUACGACCGACUGCAGUCGUUUGGACAUGACCGAUGUCCCUCAAGACUUGCCUAAGAGCACUGUGCAUCUAAAUCUGAGCCACAACAAGCUGACAGCAGUCGAUAUGGACAUCCUCUCCAAUCUGCCCAACCUGAGAGAAGUGAGGCUUGACCACAAUGAGCUGACAUCCAUCCCUUCAUUUGGAGACGCAGCAGCAACAGUCGUUACACUGUUCUUGCACCAUAAUAAAAUCCGCAGACUGGAGGGGAGCCUGCUGCAGAACUUCUCUGCUCUGGAGACGCUAGAUCUGAGUAAUAAUGACAUCACAGAGCUGAGAGAGCACUGCUUCCCUCCGGGGUUACAAAUCAAGGACCUGCACCUGAGCAGUAAUAGGAUUGUUCAUCUGGAGUUCGGGGCGCUUAAGAACCUCGCCGGGAGUCUGCAGAUCCUCAGACUUAGCCGGAACCGACUGACCCACCUUCCUGUUAAAGGCCUGGAGCUGCCCAAGCUUACACAACUGGAGCUAAGCAGGAACAGGUUGCGGUUGAUCGAGGGACUCACCUUCCAAGGUUUGAGCAGUUUAGAAGUUCUCAAGCUUCAGAGAAACAACAUCAGCAAGCUGACGGAUGGGGCGUUCUGGGGCCUGGCCCGGAUGAGGGUUCUGCACCUGGACUAUAACAAUCUGCGGGAGGUGAACAGCGGCUCUCUGUACGGUCUGGAGUCGCUCCUGCAGCUCUACCUCUCCAACAACUCUAUCUCUUACUUUAACCCUGAGGGCUGGGGCUUCUGUGAGAGACUCCGAGAACUGAACCUGUCCUAUAAUAACCUGACGAAGCUGUCUGAGGGUAGUUUUGCCAAGCUGGUGAAUUUGAUCUCGCUGCGUUUGGGACACAAUUCCAUCAUUCACAUCACGGAGGGAGCGUUCAGAGGCCUUAGUUCCCUGCGUACGCUGGAGUUGGAUCACAAUGACAUCUCUGGCACUAUUGAGGACACCAAUGGGGCCUUCACUGGCCUCGAAAACCUCAACAAGCUAACUCUGUUUGGAAACAAGAUCAAGUCGGUGGCCAAGAAAGCCUUCUCGGGCCUGGAGGCUCUGGAGCACCUGAACUUGGGGGAAAAUGCCAUCCGCUCCAUCCAACCCGAGGCAUUCAGCAAGAUGAAGAACCUGCGUUACCUUCAUAUUCAGAGUGAUAGUUUUCUGUGCGACUGCCAGCUGGACUGGUUUCCGGAGUGGCUGGUGACACGAGGGCUGCAGCCGGGCGUUCAGGCCACAUGUGCCCACCCAGAGAACUUAAAGGGCACCAGCAUCUACCAGGCUCCACCACAGAGCUUUGUUUGUCACGAUCUUCCCAAACCCAAGAUCACAGUCCACCCUGUCACCACGGCAGCAGUAUUGGGCAAAGACGUGCGUCUGACCUGCACGGCUGCCAGCAGUAGCAGCUCACCCAUGACCUUCACCUGGCGCAAGGACCAGGAGACGCUACGCCAAGCUGAGGUGGAGAACUUCGCCCAUGUGCGGGCCAGUGACGGAGGGGUGAUGGAGUACACCACUAUCCUCCACCUCCGGCACGUCACCUUCAACCAUGAGGGCCGCUACCAGUGCAUCAUCAGUAACCACUUCGGCUCUUCCUACUCUAACAAGGCCCGCGUCACCGUAAACGUGCUGCCUUCAUUCGUCAAGACCCCACGCGACAUCACGAUCCGCACGGGGACGAAGGCGCGGUUGGAGUGCGCGGCCGAAGGGCAUCCGACUCCCCAGGUGGCGUGGCAGAAAGAUGGUGGUACGGAUUUCCCUGCCGCCCGAGAGCGCCGCAUGCGUGUGAUGCCUGAUGAUGAUGUCUUCUUCAUCAUGGACGUGAAGCCUGAGGAUAUGGGCGUGUACAGCUGCACGGCCAAAAACACGGCGGGCAUGAUCUCCGCCAAUGUCACUCUGACAGUGCUAGAGACCCCUCAUCUGGCACAGGAAAUGGAGGAUAGAAAUGUGGUGGUGGGCGAAACUGUUGCAUUGCAGUGCAAGGCUUUAGGCAGCCCACCUCCUCGCAUCACCUGGCUAAAGGGGGAGGAGCCUCUUCGUCCCAGCGACCGUCACCACUUCACUCCAGGGAAUCAGCUCUUGGUGAUCGGCACCACCACCUUUGAGGAUGCAGGACGCUACACGUGUGUCAUGUCCAACACCCUCGGCACAGAGCGAGCUCACUGCCAGCUCAGUGUUUACCAGCGAUACGAGGACUGCGCACCUUUUACAAGUCCCAGCACUGUUACUGUUGGAAUCAUUGUCAUAGCUGUGGUGACCAGUAUUGUGGUGACAUCACUAGUUUGGGUGUGUAUUAUCUACCAGACGAGGAAGAAGAGCGAGGAGUGCAGUGUAAACACAGACGAGACAAUUGUCCCUCCUGAUGUCCCCAGUUACCUGUCCUCUCAGGGCACUUUAUCAGAGAGACAGGAUGUGUGUAUACGAGUGGAGUCCAAUGGCGGAUCUCAACCCAACGGACACAUAGAAAACAAUGGCUAUGAUGUGUGUACAGACUGCCUGGAAAACGGUACAAGUUACUCCAAACACUGCAACUACCUCCCUCAUGGGAUAGCGCCCCCUUCAGGCCUGGAGUAUCAGCAGACACACCAGACAUCAUUCACCACCCACAACACUGAACCACACUGCAAUGGCACACCCAACGGGGUCAGGAAAGAGUGUCAAACUCCCAUCUUUCCCACCAACCACGACAGGGUGACAACAUCGCCCUCAUCGCACCAGUUCGACCGAAAAGGACUGUUGGUGAAUCGGUCAGACACACCUCCCUCACUUGAAGAGACCUACCAUCGGCCAGUAAAGCUCCUGUCUGGGGACUGUGACAUUGGGUCUGAGCUUACACAGACUCUAUUACCCAACGGACACGCAUAUACGCCUGAUGCCACCCUAAGCGAGACUGAAUCCUUCGGGCGGGCCAGUGACUAACAGCGCACCAUCACUCUUUUUUUUUUAUUCUUUUGCACUGAGAACUGCUACCUCACACUGAGGGGCACAGACAAAGCUGCCCCCGUCUAUCUGAAUGCAGAAUAGGGGCGUCCGGAGUUUGAAGGCGAAGCUUGAGUGGGACGAUGGUGUCCCGUGCGAGCGUUAAUGAUGUAUAUAUAUAUAUAAUCCUCCUCAGGGAGGCUUUGUUCACACUUCAGAAAUGUGGCUUGCAUUUGACGCAUGCAAAAUGUAUGACAGAGUGCUAUAACGUUGGGCUUUGAGCUGUACAUAAGAGUUUUCAUAUAUAUGAAUGUAUGUAUUCUAGAACUUUUACAAAAGAGUGUUUAACUCUAUUCGCUGCAUGGUGAGAUCAGAGUGGUUAUUUUAUUUCUAUUUCUUUACAGAUCUCUCCUGCUUUUCCCAGUUUUAUAAGCAGUGCCUUAUUGCAAGAUCAAAAUCCACAUGUUUUGUUGGGAGAUGUCUGUAUAUUUUUCCUUUCACAAAUGGGAAUUUUGUCAUGCACUUGAAGUUUAAAUAACCCAAUGAUCAUAAUAGGCUGUCUUAAAGGAAUAUUCUAGGUUAAUAAGAUACAGGGUUCCCAUGGUCAGAAAACCUGGAAAUAUCAGGGACUUUCUUUUCUUUUCUUUUUGAUGCCUAGACAAGUAAUUGAAUUUUUACAAAAUCUUCAAAAUUCAUAGAAACGAUCAAAUGUUUUGGGGGUCUGUAAUAUUUU